CCUGCAGUGUGAGCCAGGCGGCGACGACAACUUCACGACGACAGAACGUUAGGACUCUUCCGCGAGCCGACAAUUCCUUCUGAAGAUGGGGGACAAUCUAUUUGCGGGGCUGAACAUGGACUUCAACUUUGCAGACUCCUUCGUGCCAUCGUCGCAGCACCAGCUAGGAAGUGUCGGGCGUGGCCGACACAAGCGGCACAAGUCCAGCCCAGACGUUCUCGGCCAGUUGUCGUUUGCAAUGUUGCUGGCAGAAGACGGUGUAGCUACAGUCGACCACUCUGUACUCCAUCCAGCUGCAGCUGCUACCCAGCCACCACUCGCCUCCAAGCCAGGACCCGUGCCCUUGAGCUCUCAGCAUGGCAACUCGAGCCACAACCCGUGGACAACUACUCCGCCACCUACCCGAGGGCAGAGCUUUAUAGAGGACGUGGACCUGGAUGACAUCCUCCAAGACUUUCUGGAGGCCCCAGACUUGCGUACCACCACCGCCCCUCGCCCAUCUACUCCCCACCACGACCAAAAUCACAUGACGCUGGUAUCCUCGUCGCAAGGAGCAACCAGCGCAGGGUACGACUCGAUGAUGCCGCCAAACGUGCUUCCGCCCCAGUAUCCGGCGCAACUGUUUCACGUCCAUCAAAAACUCCAUGAGAACGUGCUGGAUUUGAAACGCAAGAGUCGACACGAACGCCACCAAAGCAACCCCGACGGCCUCUUUUACCAUGCACAACAACUCCGCCAACUCCACCAGCAGCAGCACUCCAUCUAUCCUUCAUAUUCCCCCCAUCAACCAGCCUCUGUCAUCACAUCCACCGCCGCCGAUACCCUCGGCCGACGGCUUCCCAUCUUGUCGCCGUCGUCCGAGCUGUUGCAAAGCGAUGCACCAAACUCCAGUGUUCGACCCAAGAAGCGAACGAGUCGGUCCACGGGCAUCUCGAUGGACUUGAGUCAAAUUGCAGUUUUGGAUGAUUUGCAAACACACUCUAUCGCAGAUUCCUCCGGCGUCAACAGCCAUGAUUUUGUUGUCGAUGACGUGGCAACGUCACACGAGUCGACGCGAAAGUCGUACAAGUGCGGCCGGUGUGGCCAGCCCAAGGUGGGCCACGUAUGCUCGCUCCCAGACUUGCGCAACAAUUGGUCCCAGGCGGACUUGGCCAUUACCCGCGGGAUGAAGGGCCUUGAUGCCAACUGCAAAGUACUCGCCAGUCGACGCUACACGGUCGUGCACCCCGAUCACGCCGACCACUAUACUAGUAGUACUUAAUCCAACUUGCGUUUUCUAUAUUUUAUAUAUUAGUGUUCGACCG